AUGCCUACCGAAAAAUUCUUUGGAGAUUUGAGCAAAUUAUCUAAAUCAUUUUCAGGGGAAUUAAAUUCAGAAAAUUUUUAUAAUAGAUUAGAUAGUUUCAAGAACUACAGUGAAUACAAUAAAGAGUGUGAAUCAUUAACUAAACUUCGCCAUGGAUCUUCACUUAAAAAAAUUUGUGCAAAGCUUUUAAAUUAUUUAAAAACUAAUACAAAAUCAAAUAAAGAAGAUGUCAAGUAUGACGUUUGCAUACUUUUGAAUUACUGGGUAUAUAAUAAUUUUAAUAUCUAUUUGUAUCCUUUAGAUUCCUCUGAAAUUUACCGAAUAUUUGCGGAAAUUGUGCGAAUAUGGAAUGAAUUUAUUGAGGUUAAAUUAAAAGAACGUGAAUGUGAAACAUGUAAACCUCUUUCUAACCUUAUUAUUCAUGAUGAUUGGAGAGAAAGAAAAGAUCUGUAUGAAUAUUAUGUCAAUUACGAUCAAAUUAGUAAAACUAUUGUAAACUACCCACUUAGAUGCAAAGAGUUUUAUGAAUACAUAGAAAAUAAAAUUCCACUAUUUGAUUAUUUUAAGCCAAAUUGUCCUUCUCCUGAUACAAAUUUAUGUCCAGAUUUUUAUGAAAAAUGUAAUGAGUAUAAUCCGGAAAAAGUGUUACAUAAAUUCAGAUGUGAUAACGAAAUAGGGAAAGCAAAGGCAGAAGCAAAAGCAUUAUCUAAGGAACAAGAAAGUGAUAUGUAUUUAUCUGAAAAAUCAGAUACAAUGCCUAAAAAUACUAAGCCUGUAAUAAAAUAUGGUGAUAUACUUCUUGGAGCAAUUGUUACUUCCAUGACUUCCGGUGCAAUAUAUAAGUUUACACCCUUUGGAAAACGCUUACAAAAUAGAUUUGGAUCAAACAGAAAUACCGUACACAAUAUAAAUGGAGAAGUCAGUGGAUUAUUUGAUUAUGCAUCAGAACCAUUUAAUCCAUAUUUAGAUGGUGCGGGGGAACAUCAAAUUGGAUAUCAUCCUGCAUAA